UUGGAGAUAAUUUAAAAACUCUAUUUAAUAUAUUUACAGGAAGUAACAAUCAUGAAAGUAUUGUUAUUACUAACUGUAUUAUGGACUGUGGCUUCGUGUAAAUACAUUCUUCCCGAAGGAAUCGAUCCUCUUUCUCAACAAAUGAUAGAUUACAUCAAUUAUAUCAACACUACUUGGAAGGUAAGAAGAAAUUUUGAGGGCGUGAGUCUUAAAUACAUCAAAAGACUUAUGGGCGUUCACCCAAAAAGUAAAUAUUAUGGAUUACCUAAAAUUCGUCACGAAGUUCCGAAGGAUAUUCCUGAAUCUUUCGACGCUAGAAAACAAUGGCCUUAUUGUAAAAGUAUCAGUUUAAUCAGAGAUCAAGGUUCAUGUGGAUCGUGUUGGGCAUUUGGAGCUGUAGAAUCAAUGUCAGAUCGAAUUUGUAUUAAAAGUGGAGGAAAAUUGCAAGUUGAACUUUCAGCUCAAGAUCUAAUGACUUGUUGUGAUUUUUGUGGAGAUGGUUGUUAUGGAGGCGGUCCAGGUUUAGCUUGGUGGUAUUGGGUAUAUGAUGGAAUAGUAACUGGAGGAUCAUACAAUAGUAAUGAAGGUUGUCAACCAUAUCAAGUUCCUCCUUGCGAACAUGAUACGAAAGGUCCACUUCCACCAUGUUCAGAUGAUAAUCCAACUUUUUUAUGCGAUAACUCCUGCCGUAAAGGUUAUAAUGUUACUUAUAAUCAAGAUAAAUAUUAUGGUAAGUGACU